GAGCUACGGAACAAGGAGCUUGAAACACUACAAAAUAUUGGCAAGAGAAACUUUCGUUUCGGCUCCUGAUGUCAACCAGUCUAUACAGUAAGUUUUCCCUGUCGACGACGUAAGUACAUGCGAAUGAAAAUAGUAAUAGACGACCCACAAUGUCCUCUUCUUCCUCCAGCAUCAAGAAUUGCUGGACCCUCGACUACGCCCCGAGUUCCCCCGACGAGUUGGCGGUCCACAAGAACAAAAUCAACGAGGUCCGGGACUUCCUCACCAGUGCCGCUUCCCGGCAGAAGGUGCUCCUUUUGAUCGGUCCCCCGGGCAGCGGGAAGGCGACCACGCUGAAGCUGCUCGCCGAGGAGCUGGGGUUGAACUUUCGCCAGUGGAUCUCCCCCCCGGAAAAGAUCGGCGCGUCCUUUUUUUCCUUUCUCAAGGAGGGGGAACAGCGGAGGAUGGGCGACAAGAACUCCACUGCGAACCUACUGUGUUUGAAAGAUUUCCCCUUCGGCCUGAUGGAAUUCGACGGGUUGGGGUUCCGGGAGAACCUGAUCGAGGCUCUCAGCCCGAGGUUCCGCCGCACGUACCGGCUGGCGCUGCUAUGUAUUGCAAAAGUCUCGUACAACUCGUAUACAAAAAUUGCAUCACAAACUAGCUCAGCAUGACAAAUGGAAUCUGUCAUGCUGUUUUACCUUGGAAUGGAGAUUUGUAAUGCAUGAGUGCGAUUACUUUUGCAAUGCAUAGCUGCUGGGGAACGACAACGAGGACUUUUUGUUCCGCAGGCUGUUCUAUCAAAUGUAAAAAUGUCUGGGUCUGGAAGAAUGCAUGUUUGUCAUGCUUGUCUGGCAUGACUCUUAAAUCUGUCAUGCAAGUUACCCAAGAGCUCCAUUUUUCUGUGAUGCAGAAACGCAGUUUGUCAUGCAGAAUAGGCAACACCUAGAAGCUCAGAAACUUGUGAUGCUGAGCCAGCAUUUCUGGCCUCAUCAUGAGACGCCACCCAGCAUCACAAGUUUCCAGACCCAGACAUUUUUACAUUUGAUAUGUUUCAAACCAAGCAGGAACGGGUUCUGUUCGAGUACAACUACACAAAAAACAGCCUGCGUCUUCCAUAUCCAGUGCAAAUAUGUCUGGGUCUGGAAGAGAGCGAGAUUUGUCUUGCUUGGUUAGCAAAACGCUCAAGUCUGUCAUGCGCGUUACCCAAAAGCCCCGUUUUUCUGUGAUGCAGAAACGCAGUUUGUCAUGCAGAAUAGGCAACACGUCGAAGCUCAGAAGCUUGUACUUGUCAUGCUAAGCCAUCACUUGUGGUCUCCUCAUGCUACGCAACUCAGCAUUACAAGUCUCUAGAGGCAGACAUAUUUGUAAUGCAUAUCCCCGCUACACAGCUGAUAAAAUUCAACGCCGUGGCGCCGACCAUUCUGGGAAAGGCGAUCACCCGGGUCCUGAAUCUGACAAAUACCGCAAUUUCCCACGGUUUGAAGGAGUCCCUGCAGCAAAGCGGGGACUUGCGACAAGCAGUGGUGAAUCUGCAAUUCUACGCCGUGAAAAAAUACGACGCAGACCAUGGUGGCCAAAUUCAUAUAACCGGCUCGAAAGGUGCUGGUGGUGGCAGAAGGCCAAAAGCGAAAGCCAAAUCUGCGGCCGCAAAAAGCGGUGGCAGGGGGAAGAAGCGGUAUCUUGGUAA